AUGUCACUUAAGAUUGCAUCAGUAUUGGAACUAUCAGGAUUCGAAAGGUACUCUUGUGUACAUGGGAAUUGGUCAACUAUCUGUCAUGCUGCUCAUUUAACUGGUGAUCAUACAAUUAUUGUCAAUAAUAUUCAACAUGUCAUUCCUCAUCUACUUAAACGACAUCCUCGCAUGCGAACACGUCUUCACAUCGAAGGUUAUCAACAUUCACUUCAAAUUUUCGACUAUGAUGAAGAACAUCUCAAGGCAAAUCUAUUUUAUUCAAUUGUUAAUACAAAUGACCAAUCGUGGCAAAAAAUUGUCGACAAUGAAUGCAAUCGAAAUCCAUAUUCUGAUAAUGGAAAGACUAUUUUUACUCUUUUUCAUUUCAUGCUUAUUUUCAACGAAAAUUCUUCACUAUCAAAUGACAAUCUAUUUCACUUACUUCUAUUUAGUAAUCAUUGUGCAUCUGAUGGACAAACUGGCUACAUUUUAAUGAAUGAAUUUUUAACUUUAGUUACGUUAUCGGAUUUAUGUGAUAGGAUGGAACCUGUAAAUACACAAUUGAUUCCUUGUAUCAUUCAGUUGACAUCUCGUCUGUAUAAUCCUUUUCCCCAUUUCAUGGCACGAAUUAGUACACAAAUGUAUCAGCGUGAAUUACGUAAACUUAGUCAUCUACAUAUUCCUGUUAAGGCAAUUCCUCUCAAUGGUGAACCAACACCGUUUCCUAUUCAACCAAUUAAAAGCAACUUUUUCUUUACUUCAAGUUCAUCAACAGUCUAUUCAUAUUUACAUGAAAAAUGUCGUAAUCAACAAAUCACAUUGAAUGGUAUAUCAUUUGGUUGUUUGUUAUUGGCUUCUUAUCAUUGUUUUCCAAGCGAGAAAAAAGAAUAA